UGAGAUGGUGAACGCCAUGCCAGUAGAGUGGGUGCGCUGCCUUGCGAGGAUGCCCCUGGUGGACGCAGAAGCCUAUCUGCGCUCGCUGGAGUCGCUGCUCCCACACCCUGCUGCUCCUCCAGGAGUGGCAGCAGCACUUGUGGAUCCAAAAAGGAGAGCUUUUUUAGAAGUGCACAUACAUCCACGCCACGGCAUUCAGUAUGUGGGAGUGGCACAGGACCCGGGGGGGUCAGCAGCACACAGGGUACUAACCCACAUGCGGGUCAUGAAGGUGCUGUUCCUGCUGCCGCUGCACCCGCACAAGCGCAAGGCCAUGCGCUGGUGCCAGCGCGUGUGCCAGCAGGGCAUUGUUGUGGGGCUCCGGCACUUCAAGUACCUCGCACACAAGACAGACCGAGCGCCCAAGACAGCACACUUCCAUCCCAAGGCGUUCUUCCUUGCCCUCGACUCUGCUGCUUCAUGGGACCUGCAGCAGCCACACAUUUUCCACCCAUUUGCCUCUGCGUGGGAUGCACGGGCAGUGUUUGGAAACUUUGACAGCUGCCCAAAUGUGCCGAAGCUGGCCGCCCGAAUAGGUCUCAUCUUCUCGCGCACCUACCCAAUGCUCAACGCCUCUACCAUCUCUCCUGCUGUGCUUCAAAUCGCUGACGACGAAACAUGUGAGGACGGCACCAAGUCCACGGACGGCAAUGGCAUGAUACUGGCUGCCCUCGUCCCGCCAAAGCACAUCUCCCGGGGAGAGGAGCUCUGGGCCGACCAGGUACCUUUGCAGGUGGAAGAAGGCACAGCAGCAGCAGGAGCAGUAGCAGGAGGAGCAGGGGGAGCAGCAGGAGGAGCAGGAGGAGGAGCAGCGGAGGCGGCGGCGGCAGAAGUGGCGGCAGCAGCAGCACUUGAGCUGGAAGAGCCAGACGAAGAGGACGAGGAGGAGGAUGGGGUGGAGUGGGAUGAGGACGAGGUUGACUGGGAUGCCGUGAACGUGGCUGUGACUCAGUUCGAACAGGAACGCGGGCUGCUGGGGGGAGGUGCUGCUGCUGCUGGCGAUGCGGCAAUGGGGGGUGCAGAAGCGGGUGGGGAUGCUGAAGCGGGCGCAGAGGGGGGUGUGUAUCAAGGAAUUGGGGCGUCAGGCGGAGGGGAGGAAAGUGAUGGGUUGCUCUGGGACAGUGCUAGCCUGGUUGUGACACAGAUAGAGCAAGAGAGGGGACUGGUGCAAGGGGUUGGGGGUGGGGGAUGGGGAGCAGGAGCAGGAGCAGUAGGAGGAGGGGGGGGAGGAGUAGGAGGAGGGGGAGAAGGAAGAGGAGGAGGGGGGGAAAUUGGGGGAGGAGCCGGUAGAAAUGCUGGAGGGGGGGUUCGGGGCGAGGGAGCGGGGGAGGCGGGGUAUGAAGGGGUGCGACCAGCUGUGUGGCAGAUGAGAGGGUUUUUGGGAGGCAUGGUGGUGAAGGGGACGCUGCUGGUGGUCCAGCAGAUGCCAUCGUACGUCCGUCCCGGCGUGUGCAUUCUGCUCCGGAGCAGCAUGGUCAAAGUCGCCCCUCCUCUGCCGGACCCAGCAAGCAACCUCGCAGCCCUGUCCACACCCAUACUCCCGCCAUCACGCCACUCACAUCAGUCCCGCCAGUUGCACCAGACACAUCAGUCACAGCUGCAGCAGCCAGGCUCACAACCGCAGGUGCAACAGCAGCCGUCGCAGCCGCCAUGUCAACCCUCCGGGCCUCUCUUUUCCAUAGAAGUGAAUGAAACCACCAAGGAGGCACUGCCAGCGCGUCUCAACCGCACGGUGAUAGCACUGCUGGAGAGGGGAGGGGUGCCCGCACACCUCUUCCUGGACCUCGUGUGCUCCGCUGCUGCUGCUGCCUGUGCACCUGUCACUGAGCACAAGGCUGCCAUGAAACUGCUACAGGAGAGCAUGCGGGGGCACAAGAGGGUGGUGGAUCCUAGGGACGUGCAACUGGCGUGUCGCAUGCUGCUCUCCUCUGUGGACCUCCGGGAUGCAUUCAUUCAGCGCGUGCUCUGGCGCCUGCAGUACGCACACAUUCAGGGUCUAGCGAGUGGCAAGGUGGAGGUGCCGCACUGCUACUAUCUCAUGGGGGUGGCUGAUCCCUCCAACACGCUCGCACCCAACGAGAUUGUUGUGCUCCUCCAUGACGGCCCAGUGUCAGGCCCAUGUCUGGUGUACCGCCCGCCGUCUCUCCUCGUGAGCAACAUCCGCCGCCUCUCCGCCGUGCACUCGCCCGCCGUGCUCUCCCUGCUGCCGCGCUCCUCGCGCUUCUGUGUCAUCUUCUCCACGCGCGGCCAGCGCUCUGUGACUGACUGCAUGGGCGGGGGGGACCUGGACGGAGACAGGUUCCUCGUUAUCAUGCAUCCCCAGAUCGUCAGCGCCUUUCGCGAGCGUCCCCUGCCGCCUGCGUGCCCCUCCGUCUCGGAGCCCCUCCCCCCACUCCCAUGCGACCCUGCUGUGCGGGAGAGAGCGCUCAUCCGCUGCUGGCUGGACGGGGAGCUCUACAACCGCUUCCACAUGGGCACAGCAGGCAACCUGCAUCUAGCGCACAUGGACCGCUCGCCUCUGGGUCCGGACUCCCCCGAGUGCCUGCAGCUCGCAGCACUCUACGAGCUGGCCCUUGACUCCGCCAAGACCGGCCACGUGGUGGAGGGGCUGGGGCGGUACAAGGUGGAGAGCUACCCGCACUUCAUGCGCUCGUCCACGCGCACAUGCUACCACUCCACGUCGCUCAUGGGGCAGAUGUUUGACGCCGUGCAGGAGGAGCGGCGCAAACACGUGGUCGACUCAGGCGCCAUGACCCCAGAUGUAGGCAUAGCUCUGCUCGCCAGCAAGGACCCCAACGGUGCUGCCAGUCGGGCCAAGUGGGAGGGGCUGCUGGGGCAGUACGAGGUGCAGGUGCGCGAUGUGGUGCGGCAGAGAACCACGCUUCUGGGAGGGGCUCGGAGAGCCAGGCUCGCGGCGAUCGAAAACAAGUUUCGGCAGGAGCUUGAGCAAGGAUGGGCAAGCUCCUUUGAGCAGCCGUUCCGGCCACAGCACAUGCUGUAUGAAGCCGCAUCGCUGUACAUGGUGGGGUAUGAGACAGCUCGGAGAGAGUUGGCAUUACAGGUAGAGAGAAGAGCUGAAGCGCUGGCAGGCUGUGGGGCUGGUGGAGAAGCGGGUGGGGAUGUUGAGAUGAGGUCAAGUGGGAUGACCGGGGAUGGUGAUGUAGCGGGUGAGGAUGAGUGGGGUGGUGCGGGAGGGGAUGAGGAAGAGGAGGGUGUUGGAGAUAAUGAGGGAGAUGAUGAUGAGGUGAUGGAGUAUGAUGAGGGGGAGGACAUGGAGGAUGAGGACCUGGCUGAUUGCACCAAUAGAGCCACUCUUGCAUGUCGGUUUGUAUGGCAUGUUGGCGAAGAAGCUCUGUGUGAGGCCAAGUCCCGGCUGUGUCUAAGGACUGGAAAUGGAGUUGGUGGUGGCUGGGGAGUGGAGAAUGGAGGGUUCGAAGGAGUUCUUAUGACCAUGGAGAAGCAAGCAUUUGCUGAUAUAAUGGGUCUGUCUGAUAACGGUGGAAUCGGUGCGCGUGAUGUGGAUUUGACGACAAUGGCUUCCACCACAUCCCUCGUUGGAGCCUCCGCUCUCGCGCCUGCUACCGCGCAAGUAUCGCGCGGAAAGUCGCAGCGGCAACCGCUCUCCCUCACCAAUACAUCCCCAGUCCCCAUCAGCAUUGUUCCUACUUCUCAAAGCGCCAUUCUCCGUGCCGCUGCUCCCUCCUCUCUAGCUCCAUGCCAAGCGUCAAAGGAGGGGAAGUGGGGAGUUCAGCUGCCAUGGGAAAAGAAGAACGACGAGGAGGAGGAAGAAGAAGAGGUUCAAGGGAAGUCAAUUCUGGGAGUUAAACUUCCCUGGAAGCGCGAGGCUGUGGUAGAAGAGGAGGAAGAAGAGCCGCAGUCCAAGACGAUCCUCGGCCAACUGGGAACAAUGCGCUGGUCGCUUAACCCUAAGGAUGACAAGCAGCAGCAGCAGGAGGAGGAGGUAGAGGAGAAGGGUAAAAACUCGUUCUUUGAUCAGAUCGGAACGAUGCGCUUGACGCUGCAGGUGGGGGCGGCGGAGGUUGAGGAGGAGGAGGUGGUGGAGGAAGAGGAGGAGGAAGACGAGAGUUCGUCGAUCUGGCGACAGUGGUACGUCAGCAUCACGGGGUUCCCGUUCCCGCUGCGUCCCUUCCUCAGCCGCAAGACGUAUCGCUAUGAGGUGGAUCGCAACAGCAUCUGGUGCUUCGAGCAGGAGCAAGGGCUGGGCUUCAGCAACGUCACCACUAACGUCAGAAUGACGGUUAUCAAGCUCAAGUCCGGGGGCCUCUUCGUCCACGCGCCCAUUGCCCCCACUGUGGAGUGCCUCAAGCUCCUCAAGGAUCUGAACCUCCCUGUGGAACACAUCGUGCUGCCCACCUUUGCGUACGAGCACAAGGUGUUCGCAGGCCCGUUUGCGCGCGCGUUCCCCAAGGCGCGCACGUGGGUGGCGCCUCGCCAGUGGAGCUGGCCCAUCAACCUCCCCCUGCCGUUCCUCGGGCUCUUUGGAGGGACGGUUUUGGCGGAGGACGGACCCAAGCCGGACGAGUGGCCCGAGGAGAUUGAUUAUAAGAUCUUUGCGUCCCCUGAAGUUGGCAUCGGCCCAUACGUGGAGAUUGCAUUCUUCCACCGCCCCUCGCGCACGCUGCUGCUCACAGACGCAGUGAUCGUGGUGCCCAGGGAGCCCCCGCAGGUGGUGCGCCCUGAUGCGCUGCUGGACGCUGCUCGUAGCGGCCUUGCCGUGCGCGUGCUCUCCGCGGGACGAGAUGUGCCCGACGUGGAGGUGGAGGAUACGGAGGAGUUCAGAACUCUCGGGUGGCAGCGCAUGGUGCUGCAGAUUCUCUUCUUUGGCCCGGGCAACCUGCUGGAGCCCGAGGAGUCCUUUGAGCGCAUCUGUGGCAAGCUUGUAGUCUCUCCCGUCGUCAAGACUCUCGUCUUUGACAAAGUCCCUGCGCAGGCUCUAGCAUGGAUCAACAGCAUCACAUCUGAUUGGGCCUUCACCCGCAUCAUCCCAUGCCAUUUCUCCUCGCCAAUCGCCGCCACCCCGGCCGACCUACGAAAGACCUUUGCCUUCCUCCAAGACCUCCUCCCUCCCGGCUCCUCCUCGCCAUUCCCUGUCAUCCCGUCACUACCGGCGGUGGCAUUCCCAAGCUUCGGGAGCUUGUUUGGAAGGGGGAAGGAGGCUGAGAAGAGAGUGGAGGUGGUUACGGAGUAUGCGGAGGAUGAUUUAGCGACGCUCUCCUCGCUUGAUUCCACUCUGGUGUCACUCGGAGUGGUGAAGAGGACUGGUGAUCCUUAG